AAGAACAGACCAGGAAGCUAGCGAGCGCAGAAGGAGCAGCUUACUAGUAUUUAUCACGCUGCAUAGAAUCAAAGAGACGCACAACACCACUGUGCCAACACAAAUGAUCCUACUUUUCUCAGUCCAACUCCAACACGCAACCAAAGUGGAAGAAGCCCGCACCCUCUCUCUAUAAAUAUCCCAAACUGGGACACUCACACACUCUCCACAUCGAACAACCCUCCUUCAAAACACAAACCUUGAACCCUACACACGCGCUUGGGUUCGUGCAGCGCGAAACCCUAGGAUCAUUUUCCAGAAUUUUUUUCUUUCUUCUCUUUCUUUUUUUAUCUACCAUUGGAGAUCGAAGAUGGUGUCUGACGCCAGCAAGAAGAAGGCCGCACAGAAGAAGGUUGUCUCUGUCGCCGUUAUGGCUGCUGCGUCUUUCAAAGGCCCCGACAAGGUCGCCAAUGGAAUUGCAAAGAUUCAAAUUUCGGAUUGGACCUGCACCUCUCUCCAAAGAUAUUCGAACCGUAUGCAACCGUUGAAAUUAUUGACGAACCCUUUCUUGGGAAAGAAUCAUUCGUCUGACCUGGUGAUCUGGUGUCGCACUCCAACGGAUGAUCCGUAGAAGGUUUGGCAUCAUUCAAAACUUGGGAAUCUAUCUGUUUUUUUAUUUAAAAAAGACUUACACUUAAUCAAUCAUGUACAAGUACUACCCUAUUUCCCUUGGUAGGUCUCUCUGUACUGUAAAGCAUGUUAGUAUUUUGCAUGUUAUUAUGCGUGAAGCAUA